AUGCAACAUAUAAAAACUAAUACCGCUUUAGUUGCCAUAGCUAGGCAAAAUGCACGUAAUUUACUUGGUGCAAAAAGUAAUUCGGUUUUGGGACAUCACACGGCUGGAGGGUUUUCUAAUAGAAGAACUACAAAUGCAAGUAACGGAACCAAACUUCCCGGUUCAAGGAUAGGUCAACAUUCACAUUUUAACCUCGAGGUUCACAUUCCACAAAUCUUAUGA